AUGGGUUAUCAGCAUCCUCCUCCCUCCAUCGCAGAGCAUGAUUCCAUCUUUGUGGCAGUGCCGUCAACAGACGACAAGGUCAUCGACGUGUACAGCUUCCCUGGUGAGCUACUCAAGGUCAGGAUCCCACAGAUACGAACCGUCGAAACAGGCAUGGUCAUGGCCGUGAAAUUUGUUCGUAAUAGAGCCACGCAGAGACUUCUCCUGCUCGCAGGGUACGAAGGCGGGAUUACUGCAGCGUUCAAGCUGGCUGAAGAACACCCCGACACGAGCGUAGAGACCGCCCAGCUUGUAUACCUUAGUCAACCCCAUUCUCAGCCAAUUCUGUCGUUGGACGCUUCGCCAGAGGGCGACUUCUAUUACACGUCCUCGGCAGAUGCUAUAAUAGCCAAGCAUCAGAUACCCGAGUUGCCAUCCAUUCCGGGCAAAGAAGACCAUGACCCAGAUGUGUCUUCGGGUCUGUUCACAAAGCAAACUGUUCAAGAGUCGAGCUCUAGGACAUCGAAACCCAGCGGUCUAUCUUCAUUGCUUUCGUCCGCGACGCCACUACCGAAGUUCAAGCCUGCUCCGCCAGCGCAAAAAGUGGUAGCUUUACAACAGCCGUUUAAAGUAAUAGACACCAAACACGCAGGUCAACAGUCACUCCGAGUUCGCUCCGAUGGCAGGCUUCUGAUUACCGGUGGUUGGGACUCACGGAUCCGCAUAUACAGCACCAAGACGCUCAAGGAAGUUGCCGUGCUCAAGUGGCACAAGGAAGGAGUCUACUCCACUGCAUUCGGUGAGAUUCUUUCACAAGAUGAGAUAGGAUGCGGAGAUGGGGCUAUCAACAAGCGGCAAAGAGACCGUGAGGAGCAGUCGAAGCUUAAACACUGGGUCGCUGCAGGAGCUAAGGACGGGAAAGUCAGUUUGUGGGAAGUGUUUUGA